UUUUAGUGUUUGUUAUAGUUUCUGUUUUGUUUAAUUGUAUUUGAAUUAGAUUAGCGACUUUUAUCAUUUUGUGAACAAAAUGUUACUCAUAUCUAAAUGGUCAAUAACUAUAAUCGUGAUUUUCUGCGUGAAUAAUGGUUAUGGUAUAAAAUGUUGGAAUUGUCGAUCAAGUAACGAUCCAAAAUGCGCAGAUCCAUUUGAUAACAGCACUGUUCCAAUAACAGAUUGUAAGGAAGAGAAAGGACUUGCCCAUUUACCGGGCGUGAAAUCUACCAUGUGCCGAAAAAUUCGACAAAAAGUGAAUGGGGAAUGGCGCUACUUUAGGGACUGUGCCUAUUUAGGUGAAGUUGGCAUUAUGGGUGAUGAAAGAUUUUGCCUGAUGAGAACUGGAACAUAUAACAUCUUCAUAGAAUACUGCACCUGUAAUAGUAAGGAUGGUUGCAACUCAUCAUCAAUAUUUAGCCCUGUUCCUCUCUUAAUAUUUACUUUGGCAAGUUUGUUAAGAUUAGUAAUACAUACUUCUUGAUACUUAAGGAACAAUUUUUUUACUGUUCAGAAUAAAGUUGUAUCUCAUUUAGAAACUUUACAUACAAAAUUAAUCUUUGGAAGUGAAAUAUUUUAUAUUUAUAUUGAAACCAGU